AAACAAACGACACGAUAAAAUUUCAAAACUUUUUAUUGUAACAACUAAAUAAAAACAGACAAGAAUUGGUAAAAUGGAUUCGGAUACUUUAAACGAUUCCGAUGAUAGCGAGUAUUCGGUCGAGGAAACGGCCCCGAAUAAGGUGAAAAAUAAGCGAAAAUACGAAGACAUCCCCACGGACGCGCCCAAAACGAAGAAAAAAUCGAAAAACGAAUUGUACAAACCGCCGACAGUCGAAGAAUUGAACAACCUACGCGAAACGGAGAAUUUAUUCAACAACAACCUAUUCCGAUUGCAAAUCGACGAAUUACUGACAGAAAUCAAGAUAAAAACGAAGCGAGAAAGCGCUCUGAGCAAAUGGCUGGAGAAUUUCAAGCAGUGCAUCAAAAAGCUACCCACAAAGGAAAUCGCAUUGUUGAAUUUGUCGAAUUCAAAAGACAAAUUAUACAAAUACUUAACCGAGCAAGAGAAAUUGUUCAAAACCGACCAGGAUGUCUUGUUGAAAUUUACCAAACCCGAGGAAAUACAAUCGUUUGGUUUGUCUGACAACAACUGCGCUCCCGGUCCGCAUUUACACCACCGCAUUAAUUUAACGAUGCCUAGCAGUUGCUUUUUGUCCAAGGAUUAUUCGAACAACAGAUACCUGGUGAAGAGAUAUUACUAUUUGUUGUUCGUAUCGUAUUACCUGAAACAAUCCGAUUUGGUAGCGAAUUUGAAAAUUUCGCGUUACGAAAACAAUCAUCUACUACCGGUUAUCGAGCUGACGCCUAAAGGUACCGAUAAAACCACCGUAUUCAUAUUAGUAACGCCUGUCGAAGGGAGUUUCAAACCGACGAGGUUUUUACCCGAGCAAAAUAAUUGUAAAACGGACUUAUUCGAUUCUGAUAUCGAUGCCAACGUGUUAAAAAACACCCCUACGAUUUUCUACAAUAGUUUACUAGCUCACGAUACGACUCUCUACAUAAACAACCAAUUUCUCAAAUCCCUGCUAGAAGGACAGAAGAAUAUACAAGAUGGCGUGAAACUUCUAACAGUGUGGUUGCGACAAAGGGAAUUAAACGUCGGCGUAGGAUCUUUCACCGAAACCAUAUUAAUCCAUUUAAUAGCCUAUUUGACGCACAAGAAGAAAAUCAACAAAUUCAUGUCGUCCUAUCAAAUAAUCCGGAAUUUUUGGAACUUUAUCACCACAGUGGAUUUAUCGAAAGAACCGAUCGCUCUAGGCGAAACCUCCGAGGAAUCGAUGAAAGCUUUCAAACAAUCCUACGAUAUCGUAGUGUUAGAUAAAACGGGCUGUUACAACGUCGCUUCGUUCCUUAGCGCUGAUUUAUACGAGAAAAUCAAAACAGAAAGCCGCUUAGCUUUGAAACAUCUAGACGAUAACAGGAACAAUUCCUUCAAUAAUCUAUUCCUGACCAAACGUCCGUUCCACCUCCAAUACGACGCUAUAAUCGAUUUAACCGAAUCCCUUCCACUAGAAAUCGAUCACGACGUUAAAUCACAACAGAAAUGCUCUUACAUAGGCUACAAGGAUCUCUUGAUUUACAAGCACAUCUCCGAUACCCUAAAGAGAGGUUUAGACAAGAGAAUCGUACACAUCGUACCGAGAAUAGAAGCUAAAGAGGGCACCGCGACUCGCCUGUUGUUCGGCUUAAAUUUAAACCCCGACGAGGCGUUUAGCUUCCUGCAAAAAGGCCCGGCCUUGAGCGACUUCGAACGGGCCUCGGAAUUCCGGAAAUUCUGGGGCCCUUUGGCCAGCGAUCGACGAUUCAAAGACGGCUCCACCAACGUGGCCGUUUACUUCAAGACCAACACCAUCAAGGCCAAGCGCGGCAUCGUCGCGAAGGUCCUGCGGUACCUGUUGGUCGACAAGCUCGGGCUCCGCUGCAGGAUACACUAUGAUCAAUUCGAGGAGUUCCUGCUGUGCAAGAGACUGGUGCCUUCGUAUCCGAGCGGUACGAACGAGGAGACUUGUUUGAAGAUCGUGCUGGCCUCGAACGAGUUGGGCAAGAAGCUGAGGGAGUUGAGCGUUUCGUUGAAGAUCACCGGAGUGCAGGGUGUGUCCGAUGCGUUUGCUUAUUCGGAGAUUCACCCGCCGAUACCUUCCAAUUUUCAGAUUAGCUCUUUUACGUCGAUUAAAGGGAACAAUUUCGUAAUGAAGUGUGAUGCAGAUGGGGUGCCUCGAUAUGUACAACCCGUUGAAUCUGUGUUGCAAUUAGAGCACAGCUCAAAGUGGCCUAACGAUUUGUCGGCUGUGAGGCAUUUGAAGACUUCCUUUUACCUGGAAAUCUCCAAGCAACUGGAAACUGACGGUCUAUUAACGCACCCGAGCAGGGAUUAUUUGGACGUGUUCUACCAAGGGAUAGUGUUCCGUUACAAGCUGUUUGUGCCCAAGGAAAUAGGCCUGAGCAAGAGGAUCGAAACGGACGAGGGUUUGACGUCGUUCAAAGACUCCGAUGAGAGCGAUGAUUUGGAACUAUCGCUGAACAUCCUGCCGAAAAUAACCGGCGCUUUGAGAGGGAUCCAAUCGAUGUAUCCGAGUUACGGGCCCGGCACGUGCUUGAUCAAGCGCUGGUUGCGAUCGCAUUUAAUAGACGAAUAUCACGUGUCCGAUAUAACGAUCGAUCUCCUGAACGCCUCGUUGUAUUUGGACGAGAAUACGGCGUCUAAUACGCCGCAAAUGUCCUUUCUGCGAUUCUUGAAGUUCGCGUCCGAGUUGGAUUGGAACUUGCAAAUCGUGUUGGUGAAUUUCAACGGGGAUCUGACCGCAGAGGAAAUAGCCAAGGUGGAAUCCGAGGUGCAGAAUAAUAGAAAUUCGUAUCCGAAUUUGUUCGUUUUAACGCCGUACGAUCGAUACUCGUCGGCGUUUACCAGAAGAAGGCCGUCGAAGGAGAUUUUGAGCAGAAUCAAACGGCUGGCGGCGGAGAGUUUGGAUUAUUUCGAGAAAAUGUUGGCCGGCAACAGCUCGAUAGGGAUUAAGGAAUUGUUCCUUCCGAAUUUCGAGGGUUACAACGUGUUGAUACAUCUGAAACCUUCGAUGGUACCGAGGAGAUUCGAACGGAUAUCGUACGGUACCGUCGAUAGGAAGGUUGUGGAUAAAUACAAACUUUCGAAGGACGAUAGAAUACCCAUCGUGGAUUUCGAUCCGGUGAGGGAUUACUUGGAGGCGUUGAGGAAAUAUUACGGGAAGUACGCAGUGUUUUUCUACGAUCGAUACGGUGGUUGUACGAUAGGCGUUUUGUGGGAUCCCAAGACGUUGGAAACGACGGAUUUUAAAGUGAAUAAAAUAAACGGAGGAAAAGUAAUCGAUGGGAGAAUCAUCGCCUUUAACGAAGACGCGGUUAUCGAAGAUUUUUAUGUGAUCGGUAAAGAUUUAGUCAAGUCUAUAGAAAAACGAACGGUUUGUAAAUAAAUGUUUUGAAAAAUUACAAAAAAUACUUUAAUUGGACAUUAUCAAAAAAUCUAACACAAUUUUUUUAGGCGAAACUAAAUACCAACAACGAAUUAUUAAAUAAUAGGUGAUUUACUAGCCAUCGAUUUGUCAAUAAACGCAACAUUUUCCUUACAUUAGAUAUUUUCUUAGAUUUAAGCGGUACCGACACACGUUAUCAGAACCGAGCAAACUACGCCCGAUCCAAAUAAACACCUAACGUACAUUUAAUAAUAUUUUGGUUAACUGGAUUUAAUUUAAAAACGACAACGACCCUCAUUCCUCGUUGGCGUCUCGAAGCUGCAAGGCGUAUUCUAAAUUCGUGACGGCCAUAUCCAAUUGCGAGAACAAUAACUUAAUGGAAUUGGAUAUGUCGUUGUAUUGCUGUAACGCGACCAGCACUUUCUUGGUGAUGUCCCUGCAUUCCCCGUACAAUUUGAGAUUGCCCACGGCCACCUCUUCCAACUUCCCCGAGAACUCCACCACUUUGGAUAUGUUAAUGGAAUCGAUGAAUGGCAACAGGGACUCCAACGUGCUCACCGUCUGUAUCGUAUCCUUCAAUUCGGGAUACAAUUCGAGUAAAUACUGGCGUUUCGCUUCCACCUCGAGCUCGUCCGCCUCGCUCGUGGGAUUCAGGUAGUCGUUGAUGACGACCAGGUGUUGCAGCAUCGACGUGAUCGAUUCGCGACAGGUCAACGCCGAAUUGAUCAUGGUUUGCGUUUCCACCAGCAAAUUCGUUAUGGUUUGCGUUUUGUUGGAUAUUUGCUUGUAGUCGCCCAAAGGGAACACCUGCAGCUCGAGGGCUUCGAUGCGUUUUUCUAGUACGGCGAUCGGGUCCAUGGCUGCGAAGGCGUACGGAUCGGGGAUCGGUUAGUUAGUUUUGUUGGUAAACGUACUAUCGUUGAUGUUAAUUAAAUAAAAAGGUAAAUUUUGCUUUAAAAAAUAUGUGUUUUUGGUUGACGUUGACAGUAGUGACAGGUGUUGACUUGACAUUGACAGUAGUGACAUUUGCGCAGUGACUACUUAGAC